CACACAGAAACACCCUUUAAAAACCCACAAACUUCACGUUUUAUAUUACGUCCAUUUCGCUUUUCAUGCCUCCACGGUCCCACUCUCUUCUCUUCCUUUAACUUCCACCAUAUCUCAUCCCGACACUCUUCUUCCUCUUCUUUCUUUCUUUCUUUGCCUCAAAUUCAAAUCCAUUAUCUUUCUCUUCCAAGUCUCUCAACUUUCAAAUUAAAAAAAUAACCACUUCCUUUCAUACUUCACUGUAUAUUUCUUCUUAUAAACACCAACCGACCAAUUACCCUGUCUAGUAUUGUACUACUAUCUAGCUAGCAAUGUCAAAAGACCAACCAGAUUGGCCAGAACCUAUUGUUCGGGUUCAGUCUUUAUCCGAAAGCUGCUUCGAUUCAAUCCCCGAAAGGUACAUCAAGCCCUCUACCGAUAGACCAUCAUCCGGAAGCUCUGAUUUUGAUGAUGCCAACAACAUCCCCAUCAUCGACCUCGGAGGUCUCGGUGGCGUCGACCAUCAUGUCUCAUCCUCAAUUCUUAAGCAAAUCUCAGACGCUUGCAAGGAGUGGGGCUUCUUCCAAAUCACAAACCAUGGCGUCGAUCCCGAUUUGAUGGACAAGGUUAGGGAAACUUGGCGUCAAUUCUUUCACUUGCCCAUGGAGGUCAAGCAACAAUACGCAAACUCACCCAAAACUUACGAAGGCUAUGGAAGCAGACUUGGAAUCGAGAAAGGUGCUAUUCUUGAUUGGAGUGAUUACUAUUAUCUUCACUAUCUUCCCUUGGCUCUCAAGGACUGUAACAAAUGGCCGAACUUGCCUCCCCAAUGCAGGGAAGUGUUUGAUGAGUAUGGGAGAGAGUUAGUGAAGCUGUGUGGGAGGUUGAUGAAGGUUUUGUCGAUAAACCUUGGAUUAGACGAAAAGACUCUUCAAAAUGCUUUUGGGGGGGAAGACAUAGGGGCAUGUCUGAGAGUGAAUUUUUACCCUAAGUGUCCACGACCAGAGUUAACACUGGGUCUCUCAUCACACUCAGACCCUGGAGGAAUGACCAUGUUGCUUCCAGAUGAUCAAGUUCCUGGUCUUCAAGUUCGAAAAUUCAACAAUUGGAUUACUGUGAAGCCUGCACGCCAUGCUUUCAUCGUUAAUAUUGGCGAUCAAAUUCAGGUACUGAGCAAUGCAAUUUACAAGAGUGUGGAACACAGAGUGAUAGUAAACUCAGAUAAGGAGAGAGUUUCUCUGGCUUUUUUCUACAACCCGAAAAGUGAUAUACGCAUAGAACCAAUAAAGGAGCUGGUAACAGUGAAUACACCUUCACUUUAUCCACCAAUGACCUUCGAUGAAUAUAGACUCUUCAUUAGAAUGAGAGGACCUCGAGGAAAAUCUCAAGUUGAAUCUCUAAAGUCUCCAAAAUGAUUCAUUCUUCACAUUCCAACUCUAUAUUUCCAAAUUUCCAAAUGUAAUAUACAAUAAUAAUAAUAAUUAAUAAUAAUAAUUAGUUUGGACCA